AUGAUUAUAUUCAGGGCUAGUUUUGCAUUUGCAAGGAGAGUUAAAUAACUAAGAACUUCCUUAAUCAACAAUUCAAAAAAAAAUGAUGAUGAAAAUAUUUCAGGUGAAUCAAUUGAAUCUAAGGAGAAAGAGGAGAAAGUGAAUAUACCUGAGAAUUAAGAUAAUUUGGAAAACAAUCAGAAAAAGGUUUUUGAGAAAAAAUUCAUAAAAUCUCCCGAAUAUUUAAUGGCAUGUAAUCAUCAACCAGCUCUUUCUUUACCAGAGGAGAUCUUAAAAAAGGCUAGAAAAGUAUUUUCAAAAUAUCCUCCUGAUGAAUUAAGAGAAGCUUCUUAUAAAUAUAUGAGAAUGUAUUAAUUAUUGCAUGCACUUGAGAAACCAGUAUCUGUCACAAUAAAAAGGAACAAUUUAUUCGAGAAUCCAGAAAAUUUAUAAAAAUUAACAGAGAAAAAAGUUAUCCAUUUAUAUAAAAAAGGAACAAGUGAAUAAUAAAUUUUGGAUAAGAUAUUCGAAAGAAGAUAGAAGAAGGAUGUAAAUGUGGAUAGAGUAAAUAGUGCUGAAGAAAAACUAGAAGAAUUUCAUAACUUUGCAUCUGCCAUAGAUUAUGACUAAAUUUUAACAGUAUCAUACUUCUUAAGAAAAGUUCCUGGAUCUUUUGCAGUUGGUUAAAAAAUAAUGACUGAAAUAUAAAAGAGAAAUCCAAAUUUUAAUCCAAAAUCUAUGCUUGAUUAUGGAAGUGGAAUAGGAACAUGGGCAUGGAGUUUCAAGAAAUUGUAUCCUGAUGUUAAAAACAUAGUUUGUGUUGAACCAAAUGUAUAUAUGAGAAAACUAGGAAAAUUUGUUACUUAAGAUUAUAUUAAGGAUGUUAAAUUUUAUGAAAGCUUGUCACAUACAUUGGAACUAAGCUACGAUUAUUUUGAUUUUAUAAGCAUAGCAUAUGUAUUAGAAGAGAUUAAUCAUCCUGAGGCAAGAUUAUUAGCAUUGUAAUCCUUAUGGGCUAAAUUAUCAGAUGAUGGAGUCAUGGUUCUAGUAUGUCCUGGAUCACCAACAGGAUUCCGUUUUGUAAAUGAUUUCAGAGAAUGGAUAUUGAAGUAAAAAGGUGUUGUUGUUGCUCCCUGUUAGCAUUAAUAAUCAUGUCCAAUGGCUAAAGAAGGAUUUUAAUGGUGUCAUUUUAAGUAGAUGUUUACUGCUUGGCCAAAGGAUGGUAAUUUUAAUUGUAUAAUUAAGAGUAUUCCCAAAGUACAUCUAUGAAAAUACUGCUGUGACAGAGAAAUUCUCAUAUUUGGCAGUAUCCAAGAAAGCUUUGGUUUAAGAGGGACAAGAUUGGCCAAGAAUUACAUUCGAUCCAUUAAAAAGAGGAAAGCAUCUCAUUCUUGAUAUGUGUACAGAGUAGGGAACAUUGGAGAGGUAUCAAUAUAUAUAUAUAAAUAAACUAGACGUGUGGUUGCCAAAUCUCAUGGCAAAGAAGGUGGGUAUUAUGAAGCCAAACACUUAAAUGGAGGAGAUCUCUGGAGAUUCCCCAAAUUACCUCCAUCAAAGGUCGGAAAAAAGAGGAGAAAAUAACCAGUUAAAAUUCUUUGA